AUGAAAUAACCUAUUUUAGAUAAUUACUAUAAAGAAUUAAACAUGAACUAACUUUAUUCAUUAAGAUCUCUUAAAAAAACACCAUUAGAGAAAUUAAAUCAUUAAAAUUAUUUUGUUCCAAACAUUUUAAGUCCAAAGAAUAAUAUUUCUAAUAGAAGUAGUUUAUUAAAAGGAGGAGAUGGAUUAGUUAUAUAGAAGCUUAAUCGUUCCUAAAACAAUUCAAGAAACUUUCCAGAUAUUUAUAUUGGAUCUAAGGGGACAAAGAAUAUCUCCUAACCUUAUAUUAAAUAAGGAUAGAAGAAAUAGUAUAAAAUUUAAAUAGAACCGUUGGAAGAAGAACGUUUGGAAAUUCCAUAUUUAAGACUGAAUUUUAGAUUAAAACAUGGAUACAAAAAAUAAAAUUAAGACAACAAAGAAAAAAUGAGUUUAGAUAAAGAUAAUCUAAAAGUUUAAAAUAAUAAAAGUGCCAGUCUAUUUAGAGAGAAACAAAAGGAAAUUAUAACUAAGGCUUAAAUGCAAGUUUAAGAAUUAUUAUUAAAAGAGAAUCAAUAGUUAAGUUUUGGUUUUGAUAGAUUAGAAAGAGAUCUAUUACAAUAAAUGAAAUGA